AUGGCCUCAGAGCUCCGUCUCGGGAGUCCCCCUAUGGGUGUGAGUAUCGAUACUCGUGGGGGAAAGAGGUCCCUUGUUAAGGAGGUGGCACGUUUGCGGUCUGCGAGUGAGGAUUCUCGUCACUCUCGGGUCGAGGUUGUCGGAGGUCUCUCGCGGACUCUAGGUGAGAUUCGCAUUGCCGAUGGUGCGAUUGUGCACAUGGUGGCGGAUUUGAGCAACUGUCAUCGCGACCGUGGUCGUGUUAACGUGGACGAUCCUCACCAGGGCUAUCGAGAUGCUCAAGAGAGGUUGAUGAGGGCUGUGAAUAUGAACUAUCAAGCGUCUGCCGAGAGAGGGCAAGCGCGUGAGCUCCAAGGUUUGUUGGAUCGUGGUCAAGCUGAUCGGGAAGAGAUGCAGCGGGAGAUUGACGAUGGCAUUGUGAGGAGGAUGGAGCUGGAGCGAUCGUUAGCUGUAGAGGUAUCUCGGAGGCGGGAGGCCGAGGAGGCCGUUGUCCCCUUGAGGAAAUCUAAUUUAGACUUGACCGGCAAGUUGCAGCAGGCCGAGGAUCGCGAUGCCGAGUUGGAGCUUCGUGGGGCGGCCUUAGAGAGUUUGGCUCCCUAUCCUAAUCGCGUGGUUGAAUUAGAGGAGCAACUACGUGCUUUGCAAAGGGAGGUUAGCCGUCUAAGGGUUGGUGAGCGCCAGGCUGGUGAGAAGGAUGCGGAGUUGGAGCUGUUAAGGAAGGAAGUGGACGAGGAACGUUCUCGGGCUAGUACCUUCGCUGAUGAUUGCAUUCGUUUGUAG